AUGUCUAACAGGACAGCGUGUGUUAAUGAGAAGUUAGGACAGCACACAGGCUUCAAAGCAGCCCGAUCCCCCGAUGGGGCUGUCAUCCGCUUCCAAGAUCUCGAUUCAGUUGAAAAGUGCAAGGCUGUGGCUGUUAGAGCUUUGCAACAUCUUCUCGAGCCGAGCCUUGCAGCGCCAAUGUAUCAGAAGAGACGCAUCAUCAUGUCAGCUGUGUUGGCCAAGCGAUCAAGCGGCGGCGAGGUUGCAAGGAAGAAUCAGCUUUGUUGCUCGAGAUUUGCUCUCACUUUCACGCCGGCGAGAGCAUGCUUGGCUCACGGGGAAAAUGAAAGGCGUGGCCAGUUCGCGAAUCAAGCGAGGGCGCUGAUUGUCUCGAGGGCCUCCAGCAAGCAGUUCCUCGUCUUCUGA